AUGAAGUCCCUCGCUAUCCCCACCACCCUCGCUCUCGCAGCCACCGCUCUCGCCGUCAACCCCGUCGUCGUGCGGAAUCAAGAGUUCGUCGAUUCGUCCUCGAAUGAGCGGUUUAUGAUCAUUGGUGUGGACUACCAACCCGGCGGACAAGGCGCAUAUGGCACUGGAGAGGGCGAUCCGCUCAGCAAUGCGACGUCGUGCUUGCGGGAUGCCGCGUUGAUGCAGGAGAUGGGCAUUAACACUAUUCGCUCGUAUAAUGUGGAUCCGACGCUCAAUCAUGAUGAGUGUGCUUCCAUCUUCAACUCCGUGGGCAUUUAUAUGCUGAUCGAUGUCAACUCCCCUCUAUCCGGUCAAUCCAUCGAUCGCUCCAACCCAAGCGGUACUUACAACACCGACUACCUCACCCACAUCUUCACCGUCGUCGAAGCCUUCAAAGCCUACCCCAACACUCUGGGCUUCUUCGCCGGCAACGAAAUCAUCAACGACCUCUCCACCGCCCAGGACCCGCCGCCCUACAUAAGAGCAGUGCAGCGGGAUCUCAAGAACUACAUCGCAGCCCACGCCAACCGCAUCAUCCCAGUCGGCUACUCCGCCGCCCAAGUCCAAGAAGUCCUCGAAGACACCUGGGCAUACCUCCAAUGCAACAACUCGGACAGCGGCGAGGACAUGUCCCGCUCCGACUUCUUCGGCCUGAACUCCUACUCCUGGUGCGGCGCCUCCAGCAGCUUCACCAUCUCCGGCUACAACGUACUCGUCCAAAUGUUCGGCAACACCACCAUCCCCGUCUUCUUCUCCGAAUACGGCUGCAACAAGCCCACCCCGCGCUACUUCGACGAAGUCCCCGUCCUCUACGGGCCCCAAAUGACCGUCCUCUCCGGCGGCCUCGUCUACGAAUGGACGCAAGAAACCUCCAACUUCGGCCUCAUCAACCUCAACGCCAACGGCACCGCCUCCCUCCUCCCGGACUUCGACACCCUGCAGUCGCAGUACAGCAAGCUCAACAUCACCCUCAUCACCACGCAAAACGAAACCGCCACGAACCUCCAACCGCCCCGCUGCAGCGCAGGCCUCAUCUCCAACGACGGCUUCAGCACCGAUUUCAAUAUCCCCGACCCGCCCAGCGGCGCAGAAGCCCUCAUUUCCGCCGGCGUCUCGAACGCUCCCACGGGCAGCAUCGUGCCCGUGACGCAGACAUCCGUCGACACCCCCGUCUACGCGACUAACGGUGGCGAGAUCCAGGGGUUGGUAAUCAGACCCGCCGAGGGCGCUAACAGGCCCGGGAGUGAUAGCGGUCUGACGACAGCGGCGCCUUCUGGCUCGGGCGCUGCGUCCGGGUCGGCGACGGGUGCGUCUGGGGGCAGUUCGAGCAGUAGUGCGUUUGCGGUGAGGGCGACGGGGAGGCCGGUGGGUGGUGCGGUGGCGGCGGUGGUUUUUGGGGCGGUGGGGGUUUUGGCGUUGUAA